ACCUAGGAGAUUCCUUCAAACAAAUAAAGGAGAAACGGAGGACUAAGGACGAAGCAAGAAUCCAACCCCUCUCGGCCUGCAAAGAGACGAAGCGAGGCUGACCUUUCAUCUCCAUCUCCAUCUCCAUGUGCGUCGGGUGAAGCUCCAACCUUAACCCUAAAACCGUAUCUCUCUUAUUGACUCCCACUUAUCUGCCUUGCGGGCCUCUCCAAUGCUGGAUCCCGGCGGGAACCGCCGGUCCACAGCUUCGUCCGGCCGGAGAAGCUCCGGAUUCCGUGGCGCGUGGUGCUGCUCCUUCGCUGCCGCCCCCCAGAGCCCUGAUUGUCGCCAUUCAGCUCGAAAUCCUUAUAAGCAGCCGGCGGUGGCAACUGUGGCGGCACCGAAGGUCCCUUCCUGCACUAACUCCUUACACAGUUCUCCUUCCCCGAGCAGUAAGCUCGGCCUAGGCAUCAUCGAUCCACGCCGGAUCCUUUCCCCUGGACGGGUCUCUCCCAUCGACUCCUAUGUGCCGCUCGUCCAGCUUCCUGAAAAGGCCAGUUCCUUCGUUUCUACUGAAGAGCACGAGGUCCCUUACCCGUCGCUUCCUGGCGGCGAUCUCCCGAGUUCCGCUGCGAAGGUGGAUUCCGGUGCGUGCGACAGGGAGAAGGGCUUGGAUUUAAGGUUCAAGGUGACUGGCAGGGACGGCAGGAGCCUGAUGAUGGAGAUGGAUUCCGAGGUUCUCUGCGCUAACAGCUCAUAUUUUGCUGGAAUGGUUUUGAGGUCCCGCCGGAAGGUGUCCGAUGCUCUCAAAGAUUGUUGGGAGAUCGAGGUCGAUGGAGUGGAGGAUUUGGACGUUUUCAGGGACACAAUCGAGAUGAUGUACGAUAGGAACGAGAUGAAGUGGCUCAUGAAAGCGGGCGUGUCACGAGCAAUUGAUGUGCUCGAGGUAUCAACUUCAGUCAUGUUUGACAGAGGCACCAGGUCCUGCUUGAAAUACUUAGAAGCAGUUCCAUGGAGCGAGCAUGAGGAGGAGAAGUUGAAAAGUCUAUUCUCGAGAUGCACUUUUGAUGCAUCUGUUACUGAAGAAGUUCUAGCAAGGUUACACUCAGUUGGUUCAAGUGGCUCUGAAGAACUAGCUGUGCAGCUGAUAAGAUCUGUGACCAAUGGUAUUAAUGGUAAUGCGAGGAAGGAGCUGCAGGCUUUAGUGAAUGGUCUCUUCUCCAAGAGCUCAGUUUAUUCGAAAGAGCUUGCUGGUCUUAACAAGGAUAGCCUGUAUGGCAUAUGCGGAACCUGUGUAAACUCACUGAUGGAACUUUUUAAAGAAGCAUCUAGUUCUCUUCGUGCUGAACCAGUAUUGUUGACAAAAGAUCAAAGGCCGCUAGUUGAGCGAGUCUCCAAACAAGUCGAAAACCUCAACUGGUUGCUUGACAUUCUCAUAGACAAGCAGAUGGCUGUGGAUUUUGUCUACUUGUGGGCUGCCCAAGAUGAGCUGGUCAGGCUUCAUGAAAGGACUUCCUCAAUGAUAAGGUAUGAGCUAAGCAGGAUCUCGGCAAGUGUGUUCAUGGCAAUGGGAAGAGGAAAUAUUCAGUGCCGUGCGGAUGUUCGGCACUCCGUUCUUCGCAAAUGGUUCAGGCCAUUGCUGCUGGACUUUGGAUGGAUACAAAGGUGUCCGAAGGGGCUUGACAUGAGGAUGUUGGAGGAAGGUCUGGGCCAGGUUAUCCUCACUCUUCCUCUGAAGCAACAGCAUACCCUCUUUGUUGAGUGGUUCCAGUUUUUUGGCUCACAGGGGAGCGAGUGCCCUAAUCUGAGCAAAGCCUUCCAGGUUUGGUGGCGAAGAUCAUUUGUGAGAGGUGCGGGGACACACAGCUAGUUCCAACUGUGUCCUAUCUUUGCUGUUUAGGUAUUGUGCUCUUAUGAAUGUAAUGUCUUAGUAGGUAGUCUUUGUUGUUAGAAGAAGAAAGGGAAUCAAUUAAGUAAUGCAAUUAAAUGCGCUUCCCCAUUCCAUUUUAAACCAAACUCACCACUUCUUUUCAGUGCCUUGAGAUUCUAUAUUGAGAGA